AUGAGCUUAACCAAGAAAGCACCCACACAGUCAAGUGAUCCAAAGCUGAGUUCGAGUAUGAAGCCAACAACUUUAAACCCUCACGCUGCUGAGUUUGUUCCGUUUACUCUACGAUCUCCUUCAUCUGGAGGCACUACUACUACAAGCAAUCUUGAUGUGACAUCAAGACUCUUAGCUUCCUCUAGCUCUGUUGGGAAAGCUGUUCUUGACAGAUCAGAAUCAUCAGCAUCACAUCAAUCAGAUGAAGAAGCACGUCAGUUCUGGAGUCACCAACUUCCUGAUGAUAUAACUCCAGAUUUCAAGUUAGACGACAAUUCCUAUGGCUCUGGGAGCUUAUCACUAGCUAGCUUGUCCUUGUAUGGUGGUGAGAAUGAAGCUGAAAAGUAUCCUAGUGGAGGAGGGUAUCCAUUUUCAGACCAGCCUGGAUUAGCUUCACAUAAUGCUAAUGGCAACAUCUUGUCUGAGAAGAGUAGGUAUCUCGUUUCUUCAUUUGGGGAAGAUCCUCAACGGUCCAGUUUCAUGCAGCAACUGAGUCCAAAGCCUUGGGAUAAGCAGAUUAUGAAUGCUGACCAUCUUCUUGGGAACGAAAGGGAAGGAAACCUUUUCAGUGGUAGCUCUCGACAGGGGUUUGUUAACGACAUGGUUAACGAGAGUCCAAAUUUGGGAGAAGUUGAAGUGAAUCCUGUGGAGUUUCUUGCUUCUCAGUUCCCAGGGUUUGCUGCUGAGAGCCUAGCAGAAGUCUAUUUUGCUAAUGGUUGUGAUUUGCACUUGACAGUUGAGAUGCUUACUCAGCUUGAGCUACAAGUGGACGGUGGCAUGAAUCAGAACAUGAGCCCCAAGACUUUUGCUGCUCCAAAUCUAACUCCGAUGGAUUUUCCGGCUCUUAGCCAGAGUAGUCCUGCACAUUUUGGUGGGGAUGAUUUGCAACAAGCUGGAAACCAUUACCAGUCUGCAGAGAAGGAUAACAUGUUUUUCUUCAAGCCGGGGCCAUCGGUUUCGCAGCCUGGUUCAAUCGACUAUGUCUCUGCGGUCAGGAAGUUGGCAGCUCAAGAUUCCGGUAUGUGGAAAUAUGAACGAAACGAUUCAGCAGACUCAUCUAUUGGCUCAAGCAGAAACUCUCACGCUUCUGCUGCUGCUGCUUACAAGAGUGGGCGUGUGAGGAGUUUAUAUUCUGAUAAGCUGCAAAGUCGAGCCGCAAGUCGACCUGCUCCUGUCUGGGUGGAGACUGGGGAUGCAGUUGCGAACAUGUAUUCUGACCUACGCGAGGAAGCUCGUGACUAUGCACGUCUGCGGAAUGUAUACUUUGAACAGGCACGGCAAGCCUUCCUCGUUGGCAACAAGGCCUUAGCUAAAGAGCUAAGUGUCAAGGGACAGUUGCAUAACAUGCAGAUGAAGGCUGCUCAUGGGAAAGCUCAAGAAGCCAUUUACCGUCAGAGGAACCCGGUGGGUCAAGGGAACGGCAGAGGGAAUGAGAGAAUGAUAGACUUGCACGGGCUACACGUGAGUGAAGCACUUCAGGUGUUGAAGCAUGAGCUGAACGUGAUGAGGAGCACAGCUCGAGCAACACAAGAGAGGCUUCAGGUUUACAUAUGCGUAGGGACUGGCCACCACACAAGGGGUUCAAGAACUCCAGCGAGACUCCCAGUCGCGGUGCAGCGAUACCUACUCGAAGAAGAAGGCCUUGACUAUUCCGAGCCACAGGCCGGUCUCCUUAGAGUCAUCAUAUACUGA